AUGCGUGGGGCGGGGCCUCGCGCGCGGGAAAGAGGCGGAGUGCGCGCGGGUGUGAAGAGCUCAGAGGGCUGCGUCCAAACAGAGCUUGUUCCUGCUAAGGAAGGAGUGACUUCGACGGCUUCUGUGGCCCAGAUAUCUCAGGGGAGAGAUAAAAUGAGUAAGAGGAAGAAGCUGCGGACCUCAGGAGAAGGAGGUCAUCCCCCGAGACCCCCCAAGAACCCAAGGCUGCAGGACUCCGACAGGGGCUGCCCGAGUUCCGAGUUCGCUCAAAUGCAUCGCCCUGAAAAGUCAGAAGACAACCCGGGACUUUCUGCCCCUGCCGAGCAGAGCAGAGAGGAAGCAGGACAGGCGGUCCCCAGCAGCUGCCCUGAUGCAGAAACAGGAGCUGCCUGCAGGCUCAUGGGGCAAACAGGAGAAGAGCUCGUGGCCCUGCCUUCCCAGAGCUCAGUUGGGAGGUUUGUCCCCCAGUUUGUAAAACCCAGGAAGGCAGUAACAAGAAAUGCAGAGGUCAAGGAAGAGGACCCCGAGAUCCCAGCUACUAGUCUGGGAACACCACCCCAGCCUGCAGGAAGCCAGCCACGAGAGGAACUCCUCGGGCUUGCUCGCGCUGAGUCCAGGGGGCCAGGACACCAGACGCAGGCUGAUGGUGCCUGCUCCCAGCACAGCAAUCAGCACUCUGUGACACCUGUACCUGGCAGUGGGGAUUCUCAGCCCGAGGUCUCUCCACAAGGGGGGACAGGGCUCUCUGACUCGGAGAGGGCGAGCCAGGACUCUGUGUGGGAGCAAGAGACCAACCCAUCGGGGAACAAUAGGCCUGAGACACACAGUGCUCAGGUUCCAGGUGAUGGUGGCCAGAAGAGGCACCCGCCAAGCAGUGCCGUUGAAGGGAAAGAAGUGAAUGGCAGACUUGCCCAGGGGGGAGCAGGGACCAACCUGCCUGGGGGCGACCAGGAAGAAGGAGGUGACAUCCCUGGCUCUCCUGCCUCGGGCUCUGCUCAGGAAUUGAGCCCUGCUGCUCCAUGCCUGAAAGCUCCUUCUGUGACCCAGGGCCCCCCUAUCCCCAUGCAGAUGCAUAGCGGGACAGGCGGGAGAGCAGAGCAGAGCUGUAGCCCAGCAGGCGCCUCCCUUGUAGCCCUUGUCAUCGUAGAUGUGAGCACAGACCCCUCUGAGCCCAAACAGAGGGCCCCAGAGGUGGCUGAGCCAGAUGGGCAGGCAGAAGCUGGGCCUCCUGUCUCUCCUCGAAGACAGGCCCCUGGAAGAGACAGCAGCAGGACUUUGUGGAGGGACAUACCUCCUGCUAGGAAGACUGCGGGAGGCAGAGGAGAGGCAGGGCUGGAGAAGUCCUCUGAUGAUACCCUGCUGAGCCCGGCAGCCUUCCUGGCUGUUGGGAGCCCAGGGCUCAGAGUAGACACUGGAGAUCUUGGUCAUCCAGCCCCAGAAGUGGGUCUGGGCAUCAGUCAGACACAGGUGCCCAGCCCAGACUCAGAGUGGCCAGGAGGGAUGUGUGCACUGCCUUUAUUGGUACAGCCUGCAGAUGGAGAGGAAUCAGAGAUGCUCAGCCAGAGCCACAAACAAGACCCCAGGGGGCUCGCUCUGUCCCUCCCAGCCUCUAGUCUGCUGGAGCACAGAGAAGCAGCUGAUGGCCCUCCACAGGACACCAGGACCCUCCAGAGUGGCCCAGACCCCCUCAUGGGCCCAAAGGGGCAGCUCCGACUCCCUCUGGAUUCUGCAGACCAGGCUGCAUGGCCAGAGUCCUCAGCUGUGGAGCUUGACUUCCUGCCAGACAGCCAGAUACAGAAUGCACUGGAUGUCCCUGACCUAGAAACCCCACUUGAGCAGGGUUUUUCCUCAGGGACUAGUGCAGGCCCUGGGUGGCCUGGCCCCAGCCCACGUGCCAGCCGAGGAGACCCCACUUUGGGGGCAGAGGCCCAGCUGAGGCCCCUCAGGGGAGCCGAGGUCCCAGAGGCCUCGCGGAUGGAGGAUGCUACAGACAUAGUGCGCGGCCUCAUUGUGGAAAUCUCCAACCUCAACCGUCUGAUCAUGAGCACCCACCGUGACCUGGAAGCCUGCAAGCGCCUCAGCUCCCGCAAGUCCAAGGCGCUGGGGAGCCUGCCCAGAGGGGACCCGGACUGGAGGGAGCUGUAGGGCACUAGCCCCACGGGCCACCUGGUGUUGUUUCCUAGAGGGGGGGUCUGCAUGGGCCCCACAGACUUCCCCUUAGCCCACCUGAGGUCUGCCUUCCACGGACUCACUCAGAAGAACCCAGGCCCUGACCAGUUUCACAGCCUCCCUGUGGCCACACCAGUGUUGCCCCACCUCUGCAGCUCCAGGAAGCUGGCCAGCCCCCAGGUGCUUAUCUGGAGUUGCAAAUUUAGGCUCCUUAGUGAGAGGUCAAGGCUGGUUCAGGACUUGCUGCUCUCUGCGAGGAGAAAGGCCCUUUUGUUACUUCUGC